AUGGAUACUCUCUUAACCGCCGAGAUUGCGGCCAACGCACCCCGCUACCGCCGCAGAAGCUCAACCUUCAUCGAUGGCAUCCACGAUGUCACCGAGGGCCAAGAUUUGGCCCCUGCCCAGCUAUACAGCACCAUGUCAGGUCGCCUGUUCCACUCUGGUCGGAUAGCUAUCGCCAUGGUCGGGCCGCCCGCCAGAGGAAAGACUCACAUCUGCGUCUCCAUGGCACGUUAUCUGCAAUGGCUAGGUGUCAAAACCCGCAUCUUUCACCUAGGAGACUACCGUAGGGCCACUGUUGGCCCUGGCGGAGCUGUCCCUGAAGACUACUUCUUUCCCAAUGCAUCGCCCGCCUCGGUGAUCCUUCGUCAGAAGAUCCUCAAGAAGUGCCGGGAAGACAUAUAUUCCUGGUUGAACCACGAUAACGGCCAGGUUGCUAUCUACGACGCAGUCAACCCGACAGCAAGUGGACGGCGAUCUUUGGCCAAGGAGUUUGCAAAGCAUGAUGUCCAGACAUUGUUCAUUGAAUCGUUUGUGGACGACGAGCGCAUCCUGCGAGAGAAUGCCAGAAACGUCAAGAUAUCUUCACCCGACUUUGCCGGCAUGGAACCUGACGAAGCAGCCAUGCUGUAUCUGAGACGGAUCGAGAUGAAGAUACCCGUCUUCGAGACUAUGAAUGAGAAGGAACUCAACUACAUCAAGAUGAUCAAUGCAGGCACAAAGUUCUUUUACAACAACGUCAGCUUCAACUACCUCUCCCACCGAAUCGUCUUCUACCUCACGAACCUUCACAUCAAGUCUCGAAAGACCUUCUUCGCUCGGGCCGGCACUUCCACAGAGGAAGAUUUGUACAAAGCCGAUGCUCCCCUAUCACAGGAAGGCAAGGAGUACGGAGAGAAGAUGACUGAGACACUUCUAAAGCAUCGCGAGCAGGAGAGACUGACACAUAUUGCCGGGGGCGGGUCAAAUGUGCCCCUGCCUCCCGUCGCCGUAUGGACUUCAACACGGCUGCGCACCAUUCAGACGGCCGACAGCCUCAAAGAGAAGGGAUACAAAAUCCGACAGCGGUCACAGCUGAGCCAGAUUAACCCGGGCGUAUGCGAGAAGAUGUCUGAACGCAUGAUCCGUCAGAUCUACCCUGAUGAGGUGGAGAAGCACGAACUUGACCCGUACCAUCACCGCUAUCCCCGUGCGGAGUCAUAUCACGAUCUGGCCGUCCGCCUCGAGCCCAUCAUCCUUGAACUAGAGCGAGAGCAGUCGGACCUCCUGAUCAUUGCGCACGAGUCUGUCCUUCGUGUUCUCUACGCCUACCUCAUGCACUGCUCCACAAUGGACAUUCCGCUACUCAAGUUCCCUCGCGACGAAAUCAUCGAGAUCAUCCCCGCAGCUUACCAGAACGAGGCUAAGCGAAUCCACAUCCCCGGCCUCGACCCCAAAAUGGUUCCCGGUUCUCCGCAAGACAUCAAGAUCCCUGUCCCAGGAAGUGCUAUCCAGAGCGCCCAGCUGAGCCCAAUUGCCAGUGGCAUCGUCAGCCCAGCCGAACCUGUGGGGCGGCCACCGGAGAAGGUCAUCAACACGGCCAAGGACAUGGUUGCGGACAAGGUAGAUGAUGAGGACUAG